AUGAAAGGCGCUGAAGAAGAAACGCGAGCCCUCAAGUUGUCGAUGCUGGGAACAAAAUCUGGUCCUCCAAAUUUGGAACUCGCCUCGUUGGUCGUCGCGUCGCAAAUGCCUGCAGCAUUAGAAGAUGAUCGUCACUUGGAGGAUAAUCCAGAGGCUUCAUUGCACUCUGGACGGGGCAGCGCUCGUGGGAAGCAAGGGAACGGCAUUCAACAGGAAGCGAAAAGGGAACAUAAGGACCAUCAAUCAACUUUUCCGAUUCCAGUCGAGCAUGUUUACGAUGCGCUAUACUCGGCCGGUGUCUGUGCGUUGAUCUGUGCCUCGGCUCAUAUCGUCGCUUCCAGAGUAUGGAAGCGAAUACUGGGACCCAAGCGGAUUACCGCGCUGAGUGAACGGGAGAGGCUUUAUCUGGGCGAAAAGACUGCAGCUACUCUUAAUGGACUUAUAAGUGGCGGCCUAGCUACGUAUGCAGUCGGGUCGGGUAGCUGGAAAGGAGACGUCGUCCAACCAUACCCACGAACCGCCCAUUAUGCCCUAUCGUUUUUCGCAGGUUUUUCGCUUUAUGAUAGCGUGAUCAUGGCUCUCAGCGCACGUGAACCACCAAUGAUGUGGAUUCAUCACUGCUACCGCAGACUCGCCUUUUUCCCACUGGCGUUCACAAUCACCGAGCUGACCACUAUUCCAUUUAACCUUAUCUGGUACUCGAAAUUACUCGGAUUCACAAGUGCAUCUCGCCUUGUGCGCUCGCUCGUCCUUGUCCGUGCAGUCGCAUUUCUCAUUAUCCGGGCACCCAUUGGAUUCACAUCUGUCGCAUAUGCGCACAGGCAGACCAAAGGAGGAAUUAUCGCGCUCUGGAGAAGACUGUUUGUCAGAGAAGAGGUCAAGCCGACCUUCUUGCCGUAUGGAACCGCCUUCAAUACGAUACUUUUCAGUGUCCUCAAUCUCAUUUGGACAGCACAAGCCUUGCGAGCAAAUCUCAAGGGCAGCGAACACAAGCGAGCUUGA